AUGACUGAACGCCCUUUCACGGUUGCCGUCCCGGACGUCCAGCUCGACCACUUGAUCCAGAAGCUCGACUUCGCUCGGCUACCCGACGAGCUGGAUGAGGCUGGCUGGGAUUACGGCGCACCUCUUGCGGAUGUGAAGCGGCUUGUCGACCGAUGGAGGAAUGGGUGGGACUGGCGGCGCUUUGAGGCUGAGAUUAACCAGCUCCCCAUGUUCACGAGGGACAUCGACGUCGACGGGUUCGGCGCUUUGAACAUUCACUACGUGCAUCAGAAGAGCGAAACAGCCAGCGCCGUUCCGCUCCUCUUCGUCCACGGAUGGCCGGGGCAUUUUCUCGAAGUCCGGAAGAUCCUGCCGUUGCUCGUAUCGAAAGGUCAACCAAGUUUCAACGUCGUGGCGUUCAGUUUGCCUGGAUAUGGUUGGUCGGAAGCGCCGAAGAAGAAGGGGUUCGGACUAGCGCAGUAUGCCGAGGUCGGGCAUAAACUUAUGCUUGCACUCGGUUACACGGAGUACGUGACGCAAGGUGGUGACUGGGGCUAUUUGAUUACCCGUAAAAUGGCGACUCUCUACGGAGGUAGACAUAUAAAAGCUUGGCACACAAACAUGCCCGUUGGAGCGCCACCAAAACUGAGGUCGAGUCCGCUCACCUUCCUACGGACACUGUUAGGGUUGACAGCUGCUGAGAAAGCUGGGCUGGCUCGUAUGAAAUGGUUCCACACGAAGGGCCAAGGUUACAUGCAAGAACAGUCCACGCAACCUCAGACAUUGGGCUAUAGUUUGGCCGACUCGCCGGUAGGCUUACUGGCAUGGAUCUACGAGAAGCUCCACGACUGGACAGACAGCUACCCAUGGAACGAUGACGAAGUCCUCGAUUGGGUUUCGGUGUACUGGUUCUCUCGGGCAGGGCCAACCGCGUCCCUGAGGAUCUACUAUGAAGUAAUCCAAGCUGGGGACUUCAUCUGGCGUGAUCGCGUCACUAGCGCGCCGAUGGGAGUCUCAUACUUUCCAAAGGAGAUUAUGCCUGCGCCGCCCUCAUGGGUCCGACUGACAGGUCGCGUGAUCUUCGAGGCCCGGCACGACGCUGGUGGGCACUUCGCGGCCUACGAGAAGCCAGAAGAGCUGGUGGGCGAUCUGAAGAAGAUGUUUGGGAAGGGUGGACCUGCGUUCGGCAUCAUUUCUGGCAAGAAUGGAUAUAGCCAAGAGGCCAAGACGAUAGCAAAAUGCUAG